AUCUUAUCGUGUUAGGGAAUCAUUUAAUGGUUCCAGCAGUGGGGUAGAAGUUGUCCUUUAGCCUGGUCAUACACAGUUUCAGGCCUUUGAAUUUUCUGCCCAAUGGAAGAAGGGAGAAAAGGAGAACAUGUAUGCUGGGAAGUGGUAUGCUCUGGCAAAGAAGGACCCUGAGGGCCUCUUCCUUCAGGACAACAUCUCAGCUGAAUACUUUGUGGAUGAUGAAGGAACUAUGACAGCCUCUUCGAAGGGGAGAGUAAAGCUUUUUGGGUUUUGGGUGAUCUGUGCAGAUAUGGCAGCUCAGUAUAAUGUGCCUGAUCCUCAUGAACCAGGGAAAAUGGAGAUGGAAUACCAGGGGCUUGCAAGUUACCUGUCCAGUGGAGGUGAUCACUACUGGGUGAUUGACACUGAUUAUGAUAACUAUGCCAUCACGUAUGCCUGCCGUAGACAGAAGUCAGAUGGAACCUGUGAUGAUGGCUAUGCCCUCGUCUUCUCCCGCAACCCUCAUGGUCUUCCAUCGAACAUCCAGCGCAUCGUUCGUCAGAAACAGGAGGAGAUUUGCCUCACUGGGCAGUUUGAACCAGUGCUGCAAUCAGGUGCUUGUCCUUAAAGUUUCCAAUGGGAGAGACGAGUUGUUGGAAGCAGAAGCAUAGAGUUUCAUUAUAAAGCUAUGUUACAUUAAUAAUCAACAGAUGCAAAAACCUUGUAGGUCCUUUAAAAAUUUAAGGGGCAGAAGUAGUUGGCUUACACAACCUAAUGUUUUUGUUUUAUAUUUGUAAUAGCAAAUAAUAAUAAAAAAUGUUUCAAAUUGUUACCCAUAACACUGAUAGAAACCUGGCACUAAACAAUAAUUAAAACUGAAAUGAACUUCAGUAUAAUUUCCUCCUUGUCAAAUUGUAGACAUACAUGAUUAUUUUAUAGGAAAGGCUAUGAUAAAGACCAUUCAUUCUCAAACUGUGUGGAAUAAAACAUUGUUGCUGUUAUAGAGUGUGUGUAUCCAGAAACUGAUAUAACUGACUUUUACCAAUAAAUACAUCUGCUGAAAGAUUUCCACCAGACUUCAUUUCUGGAAAGGAAAGUCAGUUUCAGACUAACUUCUGCACUAGUAGCCAAUCUCCUUGAAUUAUAAAUAACAUGGCUGAUAGAAUGAAGAGAUAGCAAAUAGUGGAGACAAACUACUCAAUGAGGGAAGUAGGUGAAGAUUGUGAGGAGUCAUCACUUCAUUGAGGACGUACUUGCUGUAACCUGUCCCUUGCUGAAGCCAUGAUAAUCUCCCAAUUUAGUUGGCUUUAAAUAAUGCAUGCUAGAACUUAAUCUGUACCUUUGCUAUCUCUAAUAUGGGUACAAGAUAAAAGCUACAGAUCUGAGUUAACUUGCUAGAAAUAGUCAUCAAGUUGUGCAGCAUCUGUAUAGGGAGAAACAGAGCUAACAUUUCUGGCUGGUUUAAUCAGAACUGGCAAAAGUUAGAGGUAAAACAAGAGAAAAGAAAAUGGGGUGAGAAAAACGAAAGGUCAGCCCAAUGACAGAGUCGAAGGUAAAAGAGUGAAAAGGAAGGACGGUGGAGGGCAGAGAGAUGAUAAUACCAAAACAGGAGGUGGAAAUGGGAAGAGGAAAAUAAUCUGAAAUUAUUGAAUUCUAUGUUGAUUCUGGAA